CUAAAAAUUGGUGUAUCAUCAAAGGCUUGAAUUUUAAAAUUUUUGUACUCUACCGAAAAAUUCAUUAUUAUUUUAAAUAAAAUUUGUAAUGGCAACUACAACGAACGUUGUAAACUAUUUAAAUUCCCAAAAAAAGACCAGUGACAAAGAAUUGGCAGCAGAGUGGACAACAAUUGAAAACCUUUACAAUGAAAAGCUUUGGAAUGAACUAACUUUAAAAUUAAUUAAAUUUGUCCGAAAUGAAAAAACUCAAGAUGAAGAUAAUCUUCUGCAAUUGUAUCACAAUUUUGUGUCGUCCUUCGAAACAAAGAUAAAUCCUUAUGGUUUAGUUGAGAUUUUGGAAGUUGUUGUUGAACAUAUAACAGAUAAAGAAGAGGCAAUAAAGUUUUUGGAGAAACUUAAAGAAAAAGUAAAAAUAUGUGACGAAGCAUUAUGGUUUAUUAAGGUACUUCAAGGAAACAUUUAUUUGACAAAUCUAAAUGAUCUGGAAUCAGCAAAAAAAAUUAUUGAAGAACUCCGAGAAGUUUUGGAAGAAGCCGGAAAUGUCACUCCAGUUCAUGGAAAAUAUUACAUGUUAGCAUCCCAAUAUUACAAACGUGUUGGACAACAUAGCGAUUAUUACAGAUGCGGACUUCAAUUUUUAGGAUGUUCACUAGAAACAUUUCCGAAAGAUCAGUGGUCUCAGCAAGCUUUCUUUUUGGGUUUAGCUGCUCUUUUAGGAGAUGGUAUAUACAACAUCGGUGAACUAUUAGCCCACCCAAUAUUAGACUCAUUAAAAGGCUCUCAAAACGAAUGGCUAAUUGACUUGUUAAGAGCAUUUAAUUCAGGAAACAUAGCACAAUUUAUGAAAAUGAAACCAAUUUGGAGUAAAAUACCAGAUCUUUUAACUCAAGAAAUCAAACUUAGACAAAAAAUUUCAUUAUUGUGCUUAAUGGAAAUGACAUUUAAAAGGUCAGCAAAUAACCGUUCGAUCUCUUUUGAAGAUAUUGCUAAGGAAACACAACUACCUCUAAAAGAAGUAGAAUUAUUAAUUAUGAAAGCAUUAGCACAAGGGUUAGUUCGUGGAGAAAUUGAUCAGGUUUCCGGAGUUGUGAAUAUGACUUGGGUUCAACCCAGAGUGUUAGAUAGAAAUCAGGUUUCCGACAUGGCUAAAUCUUUAGAUGUUUGGAUGCAAUCAAUCACAUCUAUGGAACAAUUAAUGGAACAAAGAGCGGGCGAGAUUCUUACUAACUAAUUAAAACCCUUAAAAUUAAGAAAUAUUUAAUGUAUCUUUCAUUAUCAGUUAUAAAUAAAUAAAACAAAAUUUUUGCUAACAAAAAAAAAACAUUUAAAAAUUAUU